CAGCAAUUCAGUCACCUAUUGCCAAAUACUAUAGCAUAGUGUACAGCAGCUACAGCAUACGGCAAAGUAUGUCACCAGAGGUGUUCGAUCUCUGCGUAGUUGGCGCGGGGAUGAUAGGAUCAGCUGCAGCCAUGCAUGCGUCAACCUCCUGUUCAAAGACAGACCCAAGAAACAAAGUAAUUCUCAUUGGUCCUCAAGAGCCCAAGAACAAAUACUCACAAGAAAAUCAGAGGCGGUUCAUCUUUGGCGCACACUAUGAUGAGGGGCGAAUGGUCUGCUAUAAUAACAAGUGGGAUGAGUGGGAUGAUCUUACAAUAGCAUCAAGCAAACGCUAUAUGGAAAUUGAGAAAAGGACUGGCAUCCGAUUUUUCAACCCAGUUGAAACAUUAAUUAUGUUUAACGAAGACAGUUCUUUUGCAACAAUAGAAGAAAACGACGAUGAUGAAUAUGGUAACAAUGCGUUGUCCCAUGCAGACGCGCAGACCGCCUUCCCUUGUUUGAAGAUCCCAAGUGGGACUAAGUGUCUACGAAACCAUACAAAGACUGGGUACGUCAGCGCACGAAAAUAUGUUUCAGCCAUGCAAAAAUCUACAGAAAUGGAUGGUUGUGUAAUUCUCAAUGAUAUUGUUAUUCGUUUAACUGAAAUAGCUGCCUCAAAGGACAGUGUACAUCAUAUUAAAAUUACGACAAAAAGUGGUAAAGAAAUAGUUGCAAGGAAUGUGCUGAUUGCGACAGGAGCUUUUACCACGCUGUAUGACCUGUUUCCUAGCGGUAUACUACCUCAAAUUAUUCUCAAGUCGCAACUAGUAGCUAAAAUUGAGAUCAGUGCUGAGGAAGCCCUGAGAAUAAGAUCGUUCCCUAUGGUUGAUUGGGAGAUACAAAGUAAUUCUUACACGAAGUGGACAGGACUCAAAGAGGGGUUAUCUAUAGAUGGAUGUUAUAUCCUACCUCCUAUACUAUACCCAGAUGGAAAGAUUUACAUUAAAAUUGGCCAUGCACACACGUUUGAAGAGGUGGUUUCAACGAAGACUGAAAUACAGAACUGGUACACAAGAAAAGAACAUCCAGAAGCGCAAGAAGCACUCGUGAAAACUCUUUGUAUCUUGAUCCCAGAUUUACGUAUUUUGUCAGUACAUAUAGACACAUGUAUCACUACACACACUGAGACUGGCCUUCCUUACAUUGACAAAGUAUCCGAUCAUAUCGGCAUUGCAGUUGGUGGUAAUGGACAUGCGGGAAGAUCAUGUGAUGAAAUUGGAAGAAUCGCAGUGAAUCUUGUUAUGAAGAAUAUUUGGGUUUCUGAUUUAGUCCAAAAGCGAUUCAAAUUGAUCCAAAAAGAUUCUGAAAAGAGUAUGUUAUAAAGAGAUAUAAGAAGUUGUGUCCAGUCUAAGGAACACACCGACAAAGAACACUAAGACUACAAUUAUGCAUGGAUAACAUGCAUUACGCACAUUAAGACUACAAUUAUGGAUGAAUAACAUGCAUUACGCACAAUAAGACUACAAUUAUGCAUGAAUAACAAGUAUUACGCACAUUAAGACUACAAUUAUGCAUGAAUAACAUGCAUUACGCACAUUAAGACUACAAUUAUGCAUGAAUAACAUGCAUUACGCACACUAAGACUCCAAUUAUGCAUGAAUAACAUGCAUUACGCAUAUUAAGACUACAAUUAUGCAUGAAUAACAUGCAUUACGCACAUUAAGACUACA